GAAAUUUUUAUUACGAAACAAGAAAUUAUUUUUUAAGUCGAUACGAACACACUUUUCACACUGCACAUAUGUAAAAGUGUCCCACUGUAAAAGCACCAUGAUUGAUUUGUUAUGUUCUGUUCGUUCAUCGCAAAAAUUUGCUUUGAAAUUUGCCUUUACCAUGUUUUGUUUUUCUUUGCACUGCGUUGCUUUGUGUCCGCGUUUGCUACACACGAAGCACUUUCCGUUACAUUUACCGACUUAUCCGAUAUAGUUGCCAGUCCCGGUAGGUUCAGCAAGAUAGCCUUAAAACGUAGAGUCUAGUUUACAUAGAAAAAGACAGACGGAUAGAAGUACAGACGUAUUUCGAUUCAGAUCGUGAUGUUUAUCAAGAAUUGUAUACUUUAUAGGGUUGAGGUGUUUCCUUUACUGCGUUGCAAGCUUCUGACUGAAGUUUUGCUGCCCUCUGCAACGGUAUAACAAGAGCUCUACUCGAUCUGGCUCCAUAUCAGGCACCCCAUCCGGCUUCAUACCCGACACCUGCGUCGGAAUCAAUGCCGCAAUUUACACCGGAUAUGGCAGCAAUUUUUUUUUUUUUUUUUUACGGCAUUAUGUAAGGUGCGGUACGGUUUAGGUGCCGGAUACGAAGGCGGAAGGACUGAUGGACGUGGCGUUAAAAAAAAGCGGUAUUGACUGCUUACUUAUUAACAAAACUUCUGCUGUAUUGACCUCUAGAAUCUGUAGGUUUAAAAAGGCGUAGGCGCCACAAAUACACAAAUUAUUAUCUUCAUUUUAAACCCCAAUACCCUAUUUUUUUGGUUCCCGAAGUUUUGAAGUUCAAAUGGACCGACAGACCGACUGGCAGACAUAGGUCGACUCGUAGAGUAACCUAAUCAGGAAUUCUAGGCGUCGCAAUGUGCUUCGUAUGCCUGAAGUGUACUUUUCAAGAAAACAUGUUUGGAACGUGACACGAAAGAUUGCAAGAUUUAUUGGACAAUUUGAACUCACCCAAAAUCUACCCGCGACCCACACUUACAAUACUGCAGUACAGUACAGUUCUUUUAGCAGUAACGGGUAAACUUAGUCCAUUUUGCAGUCUAUUUGAGGAUGCUGGCAUGCGAAUGCCAAGUCCAAAAUUAUCAAAGUCACUCUGUUUUUAUUAUCGCACAAACACUAUAAUCGGAAUCUUAAAACUAUUGAGCAAUUAGUAAAAGAAACAAGACAGAACGUUAUAACAGUAACGGUUAAAACGUGUAAGCAACUGAAAAGGGGAGUAACUAAAAAAGAUGGUGAGCAAAGUGAGUAAGAAACUGAAUCUCCUUAUCUAUGGUAACCAGUGUCGGUACAAUUAUGCAUUAAGGGCUUUUGUUAAAAAUGGGCUAGGAAACUUUUUUUUAAGUUCCACCUUGAGACCCUAACAUUAAUAAAAAUGUCGGAAAGCGUGAUUUCUAAUUAAUUAUUUGUUAAAAUAGCAAUUAACACUGCGGCGAGACCAAACGCUUUUAGAGCAUUGCCGCAGUGUCAACUGGCACAUUUUAAGUUUCUGAGGCGCUAAGAUUUGAAGACAUAUUAAUGUUAAUCAAUAAAAUUUAUCGAUAUCUCGGACCGUUUACACCGCCAUGGCGUGAAGCGCGCGCACUAUAAUCCGACAUUUAAGGAUCGAUAUCUCGUAAACGGUGCGAGAAAUUGAAAACAAAGGUAUUCCUUAAAAAGUGUGUGGGCCACCCAACUUAAUAGAGAUGUGAAUAUUUUAAUUUGUUCGACCUUCUCUUUGCCACUAAAUUUAGCCUAUGAAAAAAAACUAACGAUAACAUCACAUUCCUUUUAAAGCAUUCCACAAAUAGAAGGUACUCUGUGGAGAAAGUAUAUAAGCAGUUGAGCACCGUCGUUACAUAUUUUUCUUUUCUACGGUCACUCUGCUAAAUUAUUACCAAAAAUGAGGCGAUUUAAUAAUUUAGUGACUUUGUUCACAGCGAUAUCUGCUUUUUUUUUUGGAAGUUUUAUAAUGAAAAUACUUUGUUCGGUAGAGAAAUGUCCGGCAAAUAAAAGUGAAGCUUUCCAACUGAAGUCACAUCCCAAUCUAUUUCUUUUGGUGGUAGUGCUUAGCGCUCCGAGCAACUAUGACCAGAGAAACGUAAUAAGGAAGACUUGGCUUAACAGUACAACACAGCCCCUUCAGUUGCCUUACUACCCCGAAGAUCUUAUUUAUAUUCCACCCUACGGUCCCAGUGGACAUUUGCAAUUGGAGUCGGUUCCACAGCAAGCGAAUCGGCUAAGACAGUAUUUGAAAUGGCAGAAAGACCUGCUAUCAAAAGAGCCCACAAAGAGUCAGCGUCGUAUCAAAGUAAAACACAUUUUUUCUAUUGGUACAGGGAAGUUAGGCAGCUAUUUGCAAACAAAACUGCUAAAGGAACAAGAGCAACACGGCGACCUUCUGCUACUGCAAGAGCACCAAGACACAUACUCCAAUCUUACUGUGAAGUUGCUAGAGACCCUGGCUUCCCUAAGGAGCAACUAUACAUUCUCCUAUGUCCUUAAAGUGGACGACGAUACAUACGUCAAGCUGGACAGUCUUGUUAAUGAACUCGUCUCCUAUGAUCGAAAGUUACUUCGUAAAAGCAUUGAGUAUGAUCAAAAUCCUUUACCUCAACUUUACUGGGGCUACUUUAAUGGUCGGGCAACAAUAAAAAAAAGAGGCCAUUGGAAGGAGUCAAAUUAUUAUCUAAGCCAAAAUUAUCUUCCUUAUGCUUUGGGCGGUGGAUACGUUUUAUCUCAACAGCUUUGUGAAUAUAUACUUAACAGUUCUCACUUGCUCACGCCGUAUGUAUCCGAGGAUGUCUCAAUCGGAACCUGGGUGGCUCCACUACGUCACGUCUAUCGCUGGCACGAUCCCAGAUUCGACACCGGGUAUAUGCCACGAAAGUGUCAACCCUAUCAUAUUGUUUUGCACAAACGGAAUCUGAAAAUGAUGACCGACAUCUACGGCGACAAACUUUGCAGUAAUACUGGCUCGAGCUCUUUACCCGAAUACUACUAUGAUUGGACGAAAACGUCGGACAAGUGUUGCGACAGCUUAGUAGUAUAGACACGCCAUGAAAAGUUUUGAACCAAAAAUAGAAAUGAAUGCUUU